AUGUGUAUAAUAGAUGUUGUUAAUGACCCUCGAAAAUACUUAGAAUGGAAAUGUAAUUCAGAUAAUCCAUUGAAUAUAAAUUUUAACAGACUGUUGGCAAAAACUAAGAAUGAAGAAAAUAGUGAACAAAAAUGUCUAAAUAUAAAACAUUCCGUUCAUGGGAGGAAUAAGGAAAUGAAAAAAGUAAAAAUACACGCACCAACAUAUAAAAAAGUGAAAAAAAUGAAAAUGAAUGAGUUAAAUUAUUAUAUGAAAAGUUAUAAGGAUCGAUAUGAUAAAAGAAUAGGAUUAGGAAAGCUUGACUGUUAUUGUGAAAACAAGAUAUUUAAAGGGAUAGACAAAAUAAGUAAACUUGCAAAUAGCGCAAAUAUGACAAAAAGCAAAUUUAAGAAGAAAAUACGUAAAAAAUAUGGACUUCGUAUUGGCUUGAUUUAUUUCUUUUACGUUCUUGCUUUAUCGAUUGGAACUCUGGAUAUUAUAAAUAGGAAGUGUUCUCUUGGUAUUUGCAAAGAAUUUUAUGAUGAUGGAGGUGAAUUCUUGAUACCAUUACUGGGGGACAUCUUUGUAUAUGUAAUACCCACUAUACUUACAUUAAUAAUUAUCUAUGUUAUGAUGAAAAUUGUAAAAUAUGAAAGAUUAAAAUUACGUAAAUAUUUUACUCAUUCUUACAGACUCUUCGCAUAUAAUAAGUACACUAUAAUAGAUGCAUUAGUAUCUAUUAAUAGUAUUUAUUUGAAUAUUAUUUGUUGA